AUGCCAAAUAGCUCGAGACAGAUAGUCUCUAGGUAUAGGAUACAGUUCUUAAUCUUAUUCGUAUUGUUCUUGUACUUGACAUCAUUCUUUACCUACAACUCAAACAAUGCUAAACAAGAUACAGUCAUCAAUACUUCAACAACAACAUCAACAUCGACCAAAGAUAAAGAUAAUCACAAUCAUAACAAUCAUAACAAUAACAACAAUAACAACAACAAUAACAACAAUCAUAAUAUAAAGGAUAGAACUAAUGAUGAUGAAGAUGAUGAUAAAGCUAGAAAUAGACAACAACAACAUAGAACAAAGAAUGAGAAGUUCGAUAGUACGAUCGUUACAUUGGGCUACACGCUGCACAGUGAUGGUAUGCCAUCGAGAAUCUUGAAGGACCGUGUUGACACCGCCGUCGAUCUCUACCAACAGUUGCAGGCCGAGGGCAGCAACCCAUUGCUAGUAUUCUCCGGCAAGGGCAAGGGCGACACCACCACGGACGAGUUUGAGUACAAGUCCGAGGCCGAUGCCAUGCGCGACAUGGCCAUCAACUCUGACGCUAACAUCGACGAGUCGGCAAUCUACAUGGAUCUCGAAUCGACCAACACGGCCGAGAACGCCAAGAACACCCUGACCCGACUGAUCGCCGAGGGCAUCAACCGCGUGUUUGUCGUCACGUCCGACUUCCACAUGCUGCGCGCACAGUACAUCUUCAACACGAUCUUCCCGCCCAAGUAUGAGCUCAACUUUGUCGUGACUCUCACCACGGAGAAGACUCAAAAGUCUAUGCUGGCCCAGGAGAAGCAGCUCUACCUGUCAUCACAGAAGGAUCUGGAGGGACUUGGCAUGCUGGGCACCGACUCGGCACUCGGCUACCACCCCUUCCGUAACCUUCCCAGAUGGAACAUGAUUGAGCGCGAGAUUGAGGUCGACAUUAGGAAUGAUCGAGUGUUGGACACCGAUGCCAAGUGCGCAGACUAUGGCUCCAACCACGGAUAUUUCUCACUCAAGCUUGCACAGAAGCUCCCCAACGCCAAGAUUGUGUCACUUGAGGGUGAGGCGAUGAACGAGUACAAGAACGCACAGGAGACCCACGAGGGCAAGAUCCUUGAGCUUGGUCUCGACAACAACUACCUCUGCAAGACCAGAGUCAAGUAUGAUAUGUUUGCUCAAUUGGUAUCAAAGAAGCAUGUAUAUGAGUAUCAACUGUGCCUCAGUGUAUUCCAUUGGUUCGGAAUGGAGAACAGAGAGGUGUUUGAGACUGUGCUGUUCAAUCACUUGAUGAAUGCCAAGACGACAUUCAUCGAGUUGCCAGAGCCAAUGAUCUACACUGGCAAGGAGGGUCAACACGAGUGGAACAAGGUCAACAAGUGGUACGAUGGCAGAAACGAGGAUAAAGUAUUCGAAGACCUCCAGAAACGUUAUAACAUGGAUAUGACUUGGAAGAUCUUGGGUGCACUGUCCCACGAGAACAAGACUGUGCGCAAGGUGAUCAGAGUCGAUGUCAAGCAUGCCGACAGACAGCCACUGCCACUUAGCGAACUGAAGAACAUUUAUGGCUGUUCCGCAAAGUAA